CUGGCGGCGCGUAGGCCAGCGCAGAGGCAGCGGCGGGCAGGCAGUCGGACUGCAGCAGAACUCGGUGCCAGCACCUCAGGCCUCCCAGCCAGCCCCACGGCGGCGGGGCAGCCGCAGCCCUGGCUGGGGCCACAGGGCGGUGUGCCAUGCCGGGUGCCAUGGAAGGCCCCAGCUGGAAGCAGGCGGAGGACAUUCGGGACAUGUACGACUUCCGGGAUGUCCUGGGCACGGGGGCCUUCUCCGAGGUCAUCCUGGCAGAGGACAAGAGGACGCAGAAACUGGUGGCCAUCAAGUGCAUCGCCAAGAAGGCUCUGGAGGGCAAGGAGGGCAACAUGGAGAACGAGAUCGCAGUCCUGCACAAGAUCAAGCACCCCAACAUUGUCGCCCUGGAUGACAUCUAUGAGAGUGGGGGUCACCUCUACCUCAUCAUGCAGCUUGUGUCGGGCGGGGAGCUGUUUGACCGAAUCGUGGAGAAAGGCUUCUACACGGAGCGUGACGCCAGCCGCCUCAUCUUCCAGGUGCUCGAUGCCGUCAAGUACCUGCAUGACCUGGGCAUCGUGCACCGUGACCUCAAGCCUGAGAACCUGCUGUACUACAGCCUGGAUGAAGACUCCAAGAUCAUGAUCUCUGACUUCGGCCUCUCCAAGAUGGAGGACCCCAGCAGUGUGCUCUCCACAGCCUGUGGGACCCCAGGAUACGUGGCCCCAGAGGUGCUGGCCCAGAAGCCCUACAGCAAGGCGGUGGACUGCUGGUCCAUUGGGGUCAUUGCCUACAUCCUGCUCUGCGGUUACCCCCCCUUCUACGAUGAGAAUGACGCCAAACUCUUUGAACAGAUUUUGAAGGCCGAGUACGAGUUUGACUCUCCUUACUGGGACGACAUCUCUGACUCUGCCAAAGAUUUCAUCCGGCACUUGAUGGAGAAGGACCCAGAGAAGAGGUUCACCUGUGAGCAGGCCUUGCAGCACCCAUGGAUUGCAGGUGAUACGGCGCUCGAUAAGAACAUCCACCAGUCGGUGAGCGAGCAGAUCAAGAAGAACUUUGCCAAGAGCAAGUGGAAGCAAGCCUUCAAUGCCACAGCUGUGGUCCGUCACAUGAGGCGUCUGCAUCUGGGCACCAGCCAGGAGGGACAGGGCCACCCGGCGAGCCACGGGGAGCUGCUGACACCCAUGGCUGGGGGGUCAGUGCCAGGCUGCUGCUGCCGGGAUUGCUGUGUGGAGCCGGCCCAGGACCUGCCCUCUGCACUGCCCCCCCAGCUCUAGGCCCCUGGCGCCUAUGUGAGAGGCCUGGGGGGCCAGCCUGCACCCCCAACUCCCUUCCCCUGGAACUGGGGACCUCCCCUGCCUCGCCCCACCCCAGCCUCUCCCUGCUAGUCCCCACUACAAAUUUUCCAUACAAAGGUUUCUAUUUUAUUGUUCCUUCUUGUAAUAAAGGGAAGAGGAUAAAAACCA